AUGUUCAUCUCCAGAGCAAUCCAAGCCGCGGUCCUGCUGGCAAUCUCUCUGCCCGUGCAAGCAUGGAACAGACUGGACAAAGACAACGCGGCCCUCCUCGUCAUUGACCACCAAGUCGGUCUAGCUUCCCUAGUCCGCGACUUCGGUACCAACGACUUCCGCAACAACAUGCUCGGCCACGCCGCCAUCGGAAAGGUGUUCGACCUGCCGACUGUCCUGACCAGCUCCUCCGACGUCGGACCCAACGGUCUCCUGCUCAAGGAAAUCGUGGAGAUGCACCCCAAUGCAACCUUCGUCCACCGUCAGGGCGAGGUCAAUGCAUGGGAUAAUGCCGAUUUCCGAGCCGCGGUCCGCGCAACGGGCAAAAAGCAGCUUAUCAUUGGCGGCAUCGUGACUGAAGUUUGCACUGCAUUCCUGGCUCUUUCGCUUAUCGAUGAGGGAUACGAGGUCUUUGCGAAUACUGAUGCUAGUGGAACUUUCAAUGAGAGGCUUGCUGAUGAGGCGAAUCGGAGAAUGGAGAGGGCGGGUGUUACUCUGAUGGGAUUGUUUGGGAUCGUCUGUGAUCUGAUGCGCGAUUGGAGAAAUACUCCUGGUCUGGACCAGCUGCUGCCUUUCCUGGAUAAAUACCAAUUUGCUUAUGGAUUGGUUGCUCGUCACCAUGCUGGUGCUAUUGAGAAUGGCACCUUGUUCCCCGUUGAGAAGCUUCUCAUCUAA